AUGAUGAGCCAACAGUUCUUCGCCUCUUCUCCUCAGAGAUGUUUUACCUCUGCCUCCUCUGGUGCAGGCAGCGGAGGGAUCAGAAUCAGUGAGGCAUCCACCUGCCAGCCUUUCGGCGCCACCCACCUGGCAGGAAGGGAAAACACCAGCAAAAGUUUCCAUAACUUUGGUGGAAGACUUCAGAUUUCUUGCUGUGUGAGCACCGAGAGAAGUAGUUAUGGAAACGAUAUGGAAGCAGGGAUCCGCGAGGUUUCCAUUAACAAGCAUCUCUUGGAACCUCUCUGCCUGGGGGUCGAUCCACAUGACCAUCAAGUAAAAGCACGGGAGAAGGAGCAAAUAAAGGACCUCAACAAUCAGUUUGCUUGCUUUAUUGACAAGGUCCGAUCCUUGGAACAAAAGAACCAGGUGCUGGUCACCAAAUGGAAGCUGCUGCAGAACCAGACAGUUCCUACCGUUCGGAAAGAUCUCAAGCCUUUAUGUGAAAAUUUCCUCAGUAAGCUGAGGAAAAAACUGGACUGCUUAUUGUGUGAGAAGCAGAAGCUCGAAAACCAACAAAAAACAACGCACAGCAUGGUUGAGGAGAACCGAUGCAAAUAUGAAGAAGAGCUGAAUAGACGAACAAAUACAGAAAAUGAGUUUGUCCUGCUCAAGCAGAAAGUUGAUGCUGCGUAUGAACAUCAGAAGGAACUGGAAAUGAAGAAGGAGCUGCUGAAAGAGACUGUAGAAUUCCUGAGAGCUUUCUUUGCAGAGGAACGCACUGUGCUAGACUGCCAACUUUAUGAUACAUCUGUGGUUGUCAGCAUGGACAACAGCAGAGGCCUCGACAUGGAUGCCCUGAUCCAGCACAUUGAAAGAUGGUAUCAGAGCAUCGCACUAAGAAGCAAAGAAGAAGCUAAUAUCUUUUACAAGAGCCAGAUUGAGGAUCUCCAGAGCAAACGAUGCAAGUUCCAUGCAAAUCUGGAAAAAAACAACAAUGAAAUUACUGAGCUAAAACGGGUGAUACAGAUAAUGCAAUUCCAGACAGAUAAUGAGAAGAAGAAGGUGGCUUCUCUGCAGGCAGCCAUUGGUGACACUGAAAAACAAGGUGACCAUUCUCUUAAAGAUGCCCAGGAAAAGCAACAAGAGCUCCAGAAGCGCCUGCAGGAUUCCAAGGACAAAUUGGCUGGCCUCUUGAGGGAUUAUCAUGAACUCAUGAAUACCAAACUGGCCCUUGAUAUUGAGAUUGCUACAUACAAGACAUUACUGGAAGGAGAAGAGAACAGAAUAUGCACCGGAGCACCUGUGAGUCUGGGUAAGAAGUUGGAGGUGAAAACUGUUGUGUAUUGAGUCAAAGGAUUUUAUCUCUGUGUUAUUAUUGUCUGUAUUUGCAUUAGGAUAAAGUAACUGCCUUUUGGUUCCAGAAGCUACAGCUACUAUUGGUUCAUGUAAGCUGCU